AUGAAGCUUCAGCUUCGGAGCUUGUUGGAAAUGCCAGAUGAUAACCUUGAGCAAACUGCGUUUCUGACUGAAAUCAAGGAAGAAGCCACUGAUGAUGGAUAUAGAGAGUCGACAUCUCAAGCGGCAGCAACUCCCCGAGUGUCCAUUCCGGAGAUCGACAUGAGAGAUGCGUUGACUUGUGCCACUUGCGAGGUCAAAUUCAAGUCUCAAUGGCUUUUAGACGCGCAUCAAAAAGGCCACGACGAUGCUCUUGUCUGGUGCCGCGAACUCCAACGCACGAAACUCCAAGAAGUCGGACUCGACAUUGAUGACUUAGAAGACUACAGCCAUCUUUAUGGCGGGAGUGAUGACAGCGAUGAGAGCGAAUCAGAGCCCGAGGCGGAAGACUUUAACUUCGACUUCUCGGCCGUCAAGACUGAAAUAAAUGCAGAACAGAUGAAAUCAACCCCUGCAUCCGAAGAAGACCGAGAGGACAAAUACGAUCCGAUGAAUUUCUCGGACGAUGAACCAGUCACUGGGAAUAAUGCCGAAACCGAAUCCAUUCCCGAAAUGUCUGAAAAUGAAGACGACGAAGAUGAUGGACCUCCUCCUCUAGAACUAGCGGGCCCUCCAGAGCUUGAAGAGAUUCCUCCGCAUCAUCAAGAGAUGCAGCCGCUCGAUGAUCUUCUGAAUGUUCCAUUCACGCCACCUGCAGAUCGAAAAAGACCAAAGAGAAAAUUGCGAAUCCCAGCUCGAGCUAGAAAGUUCACUUCUGACGACGAUUACCAACCUGAUGAGAAAGACGAAGAAUACGACCCAGGAGUUGAGAACUCGCCUCCUAUAAAAACCCCUAGAAAAUCCUAUGCCCAGGCGGCACGUAGUUAUCCAAGCACAGCUAUUCCAGAUUCAGAAGGCAUGGUGGAUUUGGCUCUUCAUCCCGUGAGCGAUAAUUUGCCAGAGCCUAUGACUCCCUCAAAAGUGGACAGAUCAGAAUAUGCGAACGGCGAGCCUAAGAAGUGCAAGUACUGUGAUAAGGAAUUCCGCAGCUUCGCGCAACUAGACCAACAUCAACGCUGUCACACGGGCGAGAAGCCCUAUCUCUGCGUUCACUGCCACAAAACAUUCCGUCAGAAAGCUCAUCUGACCACCCAUGUUCGAAUUCACACCGGUGCUCGGCCUUAUCAAUGCAAGGUCUGCGGUAAAGGCUUUAUCCAGUCACAGCACUUGAAGAAUCACACCAGACUUCAUACUGGCGAAAAACCUUUUCAAUGCAAAGUUUGCAAGAAAUUCUUUAGUCAAAUUUCCAAUCUCCGGCAUCACGAACGCGGCCACAAGAGAAAGGGCGAAUACUUCAGUGGAUCCGAUGACGAGUACAAGAAAGAAAAGGAGGAACCGCCACAAGUCUACACUCCAUCGCCUCGCCAAGCUCUGAAGCGUCGCGCUGCUGCAAUCGCCCCUCGCCCUGAUAGCCCGGAAAGCAACGCUUCCGAAGAACCCGAAAAGGAGCCAGAACUGCCAUCAGAAGAGAUGCCAGUUACAAUCGACCUACCGUUGGAAGAAGUUCCCUCGAAGGAAGCCGGUGUACCCUCGAUGGACUCACUCGAAAUGUCUGCUUUUGACGAAGACCCUAUGGAUACGUCGGUUCCUCAAAUUGGCCUGAAAACAGCGUGA